AAUGACGCCCCCAAACGCCAUUUUUCCUACAGCACGCAGAGGCAGCGUCAGACUGUCCCAGAAAAAGACUCUGUUUGUAUAACUAACGUUAUCCAUAAGAGACAACUACCUGUUUGGGGUAAUGCGAUGUAAAAGCCGGGGAAACGCUGCCACACUGUCAAAUAUAUCACAAUCUGUAACUCCGUACACUGGGUCAAACAUUUAACUACUGUUUUGUAUCUCUCGAAUCUACCGGGCUGAAGACAGCUAUGGGUGGGCUAGGGAACGGGCGUCGUGGAGGAAGAUCACCCCCUCUAAUGAUUGGUGCUCUAAUUGCUUGUAUCCUGGUUCUGGGUUUUAACUACUGGGUCUCCAGCUCUCGCAACCUGGACCUACAGACUAAGUUGUAUGAGUUGGAGGGCCAGGUGCGACAUGGAGCAGCAGAGCGAGGUGCAGCAGAGCUGAAGAAGCAUGAGUUCCAGGAGGAGAUCCAGAGCCAGAAAGAGCAGAUCAGCCACUUAGAAAGCCUCUAUAAGAGACAGUUGGAAGGAGCUCAGAACACCUGCAGCCAAGAGAAGGUCACAAUGCAGAAGAACAUUUCUUCAAGUACUAAAACCAUAGAGGAACUUAAAGGUCAGUUGAAUCGACUAAAUGAUGAGCUGGGGAAGCAACAGAAGGAGCUGCAGAGUUGCCAAGGCAACAUCAACACCCUUAACAACAAACUCGCAUAUGACAAGACCCAUUGCAACUCCCCUGAAGUUCCAAAAAAAAUGGAGAAGCUCAUGCCACCUCAAGGUGCCUCCUCACAUGAACAUGCAAUGAUUGAAGCAGCAAAAGAGGGUGGACAUGUCAUGACUGGGGCUGAUGCAGUUAAGACAGCCACCGUUUCGAGCCACACCCCAAGCGCCUCUCAGCCUAAAGGAAAUGAGCCAUCUGAACUACUGACCAACGAAAUCACCGUAGGCAAAGGUCCCGAUGCCCUUGUGGAUCUGCCUCCAGCAAUAGAUCUCUCUAAAGUACAGUCCCAGUCUGUUCCCUUGAGUGCCGAAGACAAGCAGGACAUUUUGCAGCCACCAGAGGGAGCUGUGAAAACACAGGAGGGUGAGGCAGAGCCCAUUGAACCUUUGAAAAAUAACCUGACUGAGGAGAAAGACAUGCAAGUGAUUGAUGCUCACGAAGAAGAAACUCCAACAGAAGCAGAUCCUGGGAUGGAAGAUAUGUUGAUUGGCCAAGGGAAGGCAGAUGAUACUCCUAUUGGUCUGAAACUGGAUGGGUACGACGCAGACGAGCAAGUAGUGGGGGAAGCCAAUUUUGAGAAACAGCAGAAUAAACAGGAUGAAAAUAUAGACAAGGACAUGGAGGCGGAGCUGGCCGACUAUAACGGGGAUGAUGAGAAUGAAGGGGAGUAUGAAGCAGACAAACAAGCUGAACUUGCUCAGAACUAAGGCCUGGACUUAGAGAACAAUGCUGCACACUACGUCAGGAAGCAGCAGCAGCACACAGGAGUAGUUGCUGAGAGACGGACAGGAAACAAGGGAGACAGAGGGACAUAGCUCAGCAGUCAGACUUGAUCUGCCGAGAUGUGGUGCACACUCUGUGCCUCGGCAUAUGGUGUGCCGCACCGUAACCAUCUGGCUACUGGGGCGACCCCCAGUUUUUAAGUGGAUUUUGCUACAGACACAUUGUUACUCACUGUAUUUGCCAUAAUCUUCAUAAUGCAUUGAAUUAUCAACAAUUUCCCAGAGUGCCAUUAUUUGCCUAUCUGUUUCUGUGCGAUUAAAUACAGUUGGUGUUUAAACAGCUGCUGUCCGCCUGGUCCUUACAAGGGCAGGUGCACGGGAGAGAACCUUAACUUUGAUCACUGCAAGGUCUCCUUCCCUUUUCAUUUCCAGCUUCCUCUACUCAAGCUGUUUUUGUGUUUAUCAUUUCAGUUGGCCUGCCAGACAUGAUGUAGUCCCAGAGAAAUAAUUCUAUAUAUAAGUAAAGAAAGGUCUGAGGUGUCCUAACAUGAUGAAUUUUAGCAGUGUCUACAGUGAUACAAUAGAUGAGCCUUAUAGACGUGAUUUGAAGAUGUAGCAAAAAAAGAGUUUUGACCUAAACGUUCACUGUAGUUCAUAGUUGAAUCUCAUGAACGUUGCUUCAUACUUCAUACAUUUUCUUAACCAGUGUAAAACCUUUUUUUUUUAAACAUUAGCUUUUAAUCAAAAGGUAAAAUAAGCUGGCACAGUACACCACCUUUUCUUGUAAAAUUUGCAUGUUAUUGGAGGUCUUGACUGGGAUUUAAAAUGCAUCUUGUGUGUGUGCAAGAUGAACCACAUGAAUAAUAAUAAUAAUAAUAAUAAAAAAAGUAUCAAUUGGGUAAGUUUUCCUUGGAGUGACACAAACUAAAACAUGGUGGUGAUUUGUGAUUUAUAAUUUGUCUUUUUUCAACUUUGAUCCAAAGCAGUAUCAAAAUCUGGGCCUCAAACUGAUGAUACAAAUAUAGAAUAGGAGUGCCAAUGAAGAGAAGUCACAGGAGCAGCGUGGUCCAUAUUAUUUGAAAGACAAUUAGAAGGAAAUUCUUUGUCAACAGACAAAGAUUAUCUUUUGCAGGAACAUCAGCCCCAACAGCACAGCGAGUGUCUAAACCAUUCUACGUCAGCAUUCCUGUUCAAAGUAAUGAACGUAAACCCUUUAGUCACCCUUCUGGGUAGUUUUGCAGGGGAAAUGUUGUUCCAGCAACAUUUUUAUUAUGUCAUUUUAUUUUCAAAGUUGCUUUUAUUCUUUGUCAGGCACUGCAGAGCUUGUAUACAGUAACUGCUUUGUUUUGUCUAUUUGUGUGAAAAUUUACAUUUUUUGAGGUAGGAGUCAUGUACCUGUAGAUAAAGGGUAUGAUUUUUAUAAAUUGGAUAGUUGUUUUUAUUAUUU